AUUGAGUUGGGCAAUGUACAUAUUCAAAACCCACCGAGUAAAGCAAGGUCUCAUUACCUAUUUCCUCAGUUUACUUUCAUGGCUUGCUUGAUGCGUCUGAUUUCCAAUAAAGGAGAAAGAAAGACAUUAAAGCAUUUGGCUGAAUUAAAGGUGGGAUCCCGCUGUCUGGUUUUAAAAUUCUCUUCAGGGGCAAACUUCUAUCCUGCCAAACAAGCUUGCACGCGUAUGCUUGCGUAUCAAUUUCUUCUGAUCUGAAAUGUUACAUCUUUUGGAUAGAGUGGGCCAUAACCUAGCAAUCUGAUUUGCCCUGCGCUCUUAGAAGAUUUAACAAUAAGAAGCCCAUUUUUCACUGCAAUCCCUCGUUUCUUCAGGAAAAUGAAGUCCAGGCAAUAUUAUGGGGUUUCCUGUUUCACACGAAAGUUCAUGCUAAGACCGGCUGAAACUCCUGAAGAUAUAAAGAGAGUGUUUGAUAAUUACUCAGACAAUGGCACUAUGAGCACUGGUCGGCUGCUCCAGUUCUUGAUUGAAUUCCAAGGAGAAGAAAGUGCAACAGAAAAGGAGGCUCAGGUCAUCUUCGACAGCUUCAAGCAUCUCCAUAUCUUCCACCGUAAGGUCUUGCAUCUUGAAGCUUUCUUCAGAUAUCUCCUCAGUGACCAUAAUCCUCCCCUCUCACCAUCUGCACAGGUGCAUCAUGACAUGCAAGCACCUUUGGCACAUUAUUUUUUGUACACAGGCCACAACUCAUACAUAACAGGGAACCAAUUCACUAGUGACUGCAGUACUGCACCUAUCAUCAGGGCACUGCAAAGAGGUGUAAGAGUCAUUGAAUUGGAUUUAUGGCCAAGUAAGACAGAAAAAAGUGAUGUGGAUGUUCGUCAUGGAGGGGCAAGCACAGCUCCAGUAAAACUCGUGAAAUGUUUGCGAGCCAUUAAGGAUCAUGCCUUCUCUGCAUCUGAAUAUCCUGUUGUGAUUACUUUUGAAGACCACCUUGGUCCAGAUCUCCAAGCUAAAGUGGCUAGUAUGGUGCAUGAAACAUUUGGGGAAACACUGUUUCAUCCCAAAUCAAACUUAAAUGAGCUCCCUUCCCCAUUCUCACUGAAGAAAAAGAUUUUGAUCUCGACCAACCCACCAAAAGAGUUACCAGGAUCUGAUGGGAAGCAACAAAAUAAUUCACAGAAGGCAGAGAGUCCGGCAGAGAAAGAACCUUGUGGAGAUGAAGUUAAAGAAGAUGUUGAGCAGGAUGAAGCAGAUGGAGGAGAAGACCAUCAGGAUGAAGAUUUGCAGCAAGCAGGUCCUCAAUACAGGCAUUUAAUUGCCAUUCAUGGAGGAAAGCAGAAAGGUGGAAUAGGAAAUUGGCUUUGUGACAAUUCUGAUAAAGUUAAACGUAUUAGCUUGAGUGAGGAAAAGCUUGAGAAUGCUGUGAAAAAAUAUGCAACUGAUAUUAUCAGGUUUACCCAGGUGUAUUUACUGAGAGUUUAUCCCAAGGGUACACGUCUUUUGUCAUCCAAUUACGAUCCUAUGGUUGGUUGGACACAUGGAGCACAAAUGGUUGCAUUUAACAUGCAGGGAUAUGGACAUCAUCUGUGGAAGAUGCAAGGCAUGUUCAGAGCCAACGGUGGCUGUGGUUAUGUCAAAAAACCAAAUUUCCUAUUAGAUCCAAAUACUGUUUUUGAUCCAAGCAAGGACGUCCCAAUCAAGACAAUUUUGAAGGUGUGGAUUCCCAAAGUAAAAUUAUAUAUGGGCCAUGGCUGGCAUUCAGAUUUCCACCAUAACCACUUUGAUCUGUGCUCCCCUCCAGACUUCUAUGCAAAAGUUGGAAUUGCCGGAGUGCGAGCAGAUGAGAAAACGAUGAGGACAACAACAGUUACUGACGAGUGGAUUCCAGAAUGGAAUGAGAGCUUUGAAUUCCGACUCAGGGUUCCUGAAUUGGCAUUGCUUUGGAUUAAAGUGAAGGAUGAUGACCCCGCUGGCAGAAAUGACUUUGCCGGCCAAACUUGCUUGCCUGUUUCAGAACUAAGGACUGGAAUUCGAGCAGUUCCACUGCACGACCGUAGGGGAAAACCAUACAAAUCCGUUAAGCUUCUUAUGCGUUUCGAAUUUGAAAACAUCCAUGAUUGAAGUUAGCAUUGGUUUACGUGCAGUCUUUAAAGACAAGAAAGAGAUGACUAAUUGUAAAGCAAAAUGAAUGAUGGUGAUCCUUCCAAUCCAUUUCUUUAGUUCCUGAA